UUGAGUGUGUGCGGGUGAGUCCUGUGUGUCCGGGAGCUGGGCACUGGCUGGGUGACCUCUCCCUGGCAGCGCAUAAGUGGAUCACUCCUCCCAACCUCCGCCGCGCUAAUCGGAUUCCUCCUCCUAAUCCUCUGUCACAGCGGCCAGGUGACAGACAUCUGCUCUCUUCUGCCUAUGGAUCUGUCACGAGCUAAAAUGAGCCGCAAACAGCGAGGGGUGCCGGGGGCCGGCUAUCCGGAUUGUCAGACGGGAGAGGACGGAGACAGGAAGAUCUCCAAAUUUCAAAUAAACAAACUAAGAAACUUGACUGAUGAUGUGUUGGAUAGAUUUGCCAGCAUUAGAAUUCCUGGAAGCAGAAAAGACCGGCCUAAUUUGCAUUAUGUGAAGAGCUCCAACACUGGCAGCGACUGGUCCACAUCGUCGGAAUAUGAAGACUUUCCUCAGAAGCAGCUGUCAGAUAAGGAAAUCUUGGCGCUGUUUGAAAAAAUGAUGGAAGAUAUGAAUUUAAAUGAAGAUCGAAAAGCACCGCUGCGUGAGAAAGACUUUGCAACCAAGAAAGAGAUGGUCAUGCAGUAUAUUAGCACCGCUUCAAACGUCGGAAGCCUCAAGAGCAGCAGACAGAUCUCGCCACAGGAAUUCAUUCAUGAACUCAAAUCAGGCUCUACAGAUGAAAGGCUUGUCUCCUACUUAGACUCGCUUCGUGUCUCUCUGACCAGCAAUCCUGUCAGUUGGGUUGAAAGCUUUGGUCAUGAUGGACUUGGUUUACUUUUAGACAUCUUAGAAAGGAUGGUGGAUGGAAAACGACAUGAAAAAAUUGAGAAACGGAUUCAACACAAAGUCAUACAGUGCCUGAAGGCAUUAAUGAACAACAAGUAUGGAUUGGAAAGAAUCAUGGGAGAAGAAAGGAGUCUUUCAUUAUUGGCCAAAGCCAUGGAUCCUAAACAAGCGAAUAUGAUGACGGAUGUAGUGAAGUUAUUGUCUGCUAUAUGCAUUGUUGGAGAGGAGAACAUUCUUGAAAAAGUCUUGGAUGCAAUAACCACAGCGGCAGAAGAAAAGGGAAUUGCCAGGUUUAGCCCAAUUGUUGGAGGUCUUAAGCACAAUAUUGUCCAGCUGCAGGUGGCUUGUAUGCAGCUCAUCAAUGCACUUGUUACAUCGCCUGAUGAUCUGGACUUCAGACUUCACAUCAGAAAUGAAUUUAUGCGCUGCGGAUUGAAGGCGAUAUUGCCACAAUUAAAGAAUGUCCGCAAUGAUGCGUUGGACAUCCAGCUGAGAGUGUUUGAUGAGCACAAAGAAGAAGAUAUGAUUGAGUUCUCUCACCGCCUUGACGAUGUCCGAUUGGAAAUGGAUGAUGCCAGCGAUGUUUUCAGCGCGCUGUGGAAUUCGGUCAAAAACUCGUAUUCUGAGGGAUAUUUUCUUUCCAUUCUUCAACAUCUUCUAAUAAUCCGCAAUGACUGUUUUGCAAGGCCACAGUAUUUCAAAAUAAUAGAAGAGUGCGUAUCCCAGAUAGUGCUGCAUCGUAGCGGUGUCGACCCUGAUUUCUCUUACAGGAAAAGAUUAGAUGUGGAUUUCGGUUACUUGCUUGAUGUUUGUAUUGACAAAGCCAAGACAGAAGAAUAUGAAGAAAGAUACCUGGAGAUGACAAAAAAAUACGAAGAGGAAUUUACAAUUCGCCAAGAGACCCAGUCCCAAUUGCAGAAAAAUGAAGAAAAAAUCAAUGAACUUCAAGCGGAAUUACAGGCUUUUAAAUCCCAGUAUGGUAUCUCUGAUAGUGAAGUCAAAGCACUUAAAUCAUCUGCAAAAUUACCACAUCCAGAAGCCCCAAAAGCUCCACCACCACCUGGACCAGCAUUUGGAUCUGUGCCUCCACCACCACCGCCUCCACCACCACCACCGCCUCCACCACCUCCUAUGGCUGGAGGACGUCCUGGAGCUCCACCAUUGCCUGGGUUUGGUCCAGGGCAGUUUUCCCCUCCUGCUAAGUCUCUCCCUUUUGGCUUAAAACCUAAAAGAGAGUUCAGACCAGAAAUGGGAAUGAAGAGGCUAAAUUGGCAAAAAAUUCGGCCAAAUGAAAUGACAGAGAAUUGUUUCUGGGUGAAUGCAAAGGAGGACAAAUUUGAAGAUAAGGAUUUAUUCUAUCAGCUGGAGAAUACCUUCUCAUGUCAAAGAAAAGUAAAAAAAGACGAUGAAGUUGAUGACCCAGUGUUUACGAAGAAACGAAUAAAGGAGCUUAAAGUUUUGGAGCCAAAAAUUGCCCAAAAUCUAUCCAUUUUUCUGGGUUCAUACCGUUUGCCUUAUGAAGACAUUAAAAAAAGUAUAUUAGAAAUUGAUGAAACACAGCUGACGGACUCCAUGGUGCAGAAUCUAAUAAAAAAUAUGCCUGAACAAACUCAGUUAACGGCAUUGGCCAAACUGAAAGGCGAAUACUGCAGCCUGUCAGAGCCCGAGCAGUUUGGUGUUGUGAUGAGCAGCGUGAAGAGGCUCAUUCCGCGUCUAAACGCAAUUCUAUUUCGCCUUCAAUUUGAAGAGCAAGUAAACAACAUCAAACCAGAUAUUAUGGCUGUCAGUGAAGCGUGCGAGGAGAUAAAGAAAAGCAGGAGCUUCGCCAAACUGCUGGAGAUGGUGUUACUCAUAGGAAACUAUAUGAAUGCCGGAUCCCGAAAUGCUCAGACGUUUGGAUACAACCUCAGCUCUCUUUGCAAACUAAAAGACACAAAAUCAGUAGACCAGUCAACAACACUCCUUCACUUUCUGUCUGGAUUAUGUGAAAAGAGGUUCCCUGAGGUCCAGGCAUUUGUGGAGGAUAUACAGACUGUAGACAAAGCAAGUAGAGUGUCUGCAGAAAAUCUGGAAAAGACAAUGAAGCAAAUGGAACGCCAACUCCAGCAGCUUGAGAAGGAUUUGGAUACCUUUCCUCCGUCUGAUGAUGUACAUGAUAAGUUUGUGACCAAAAUGUCCAGUUUUGCUGUAUGCGCAAGAGAGCAAUUUAAAAAGCUGUCACGAAUGUAUGAAAACAUGGAGAAGCUCUAUCAAAGUGUCAUGGAAUUUUACGUUCUGGAUGCAAAGAAGGUUUCUGUGGAGGAAUUCUUUACGGAUCUGAAUAACUUCAGGACCAUGUUUGUGCAAGCAACAAAAGAAAAUAUCAGACGGCGAGAAGCAGAAGAAAAACAAAAGAGAGUCAGGCUGGCAAAAGAACUGGCAGAGAGAGAGAGAGAAGAAAGGCAGAAGAAGAAAAAGCAUCUGCUGGAAAAGAACAGAGAGGGCGACGAGACUGGAGUGAUGGAUAGCCUGCUCGAGGCCCUGCAAUCCGGAGCAGCUUUCCGAGACCGGAGAAAACGGACUCCGAGGCCUAAAGAUAUACAGGACAAUCUCAGUCUGUCAUCAGAGAGGCCUAUUCUAAAGCCUUGUAACCAUGAAAACCAAAAACCUCAAUUUGAGAGAUCACGUUCACGACCAAAUAUCCACUCUACAGCUGCAAGGGCUCCAGUUGCUAAGGAACUCAGUUAUGAGUCGGAAUCUCAUGCGUCUGCAACAAGAAGCAAGGUUACCGCUAGAAAAGAGGUGUGCAACUCAGAGGGGCACAGAGACAAAGGGGCAGGUCACAGCACUGCUGUCAAGGCAGAGUCAAUUCCAGAGGUUGAAGCUUUACUUGCAAGGCUGCGGGCUCUCUAACAAAGUGGUGUGGUUCUUCCGGCUUUUAUCAAACACAUAUAAAUAAAACCAUGUGCCGAUCUGCGAGUAACCAUGGAAAGCUUUGUGUGCAGUCUCAAGCAUUCAAUAACUGUCUAUAAAAGUGGGUUUUUUACUAUUCCCUCCAUGGACUCAAGCUUAAAAAUGCAGUAAUAUAGUAUAUACCAACCAUACAGACUAUGUGCAGUCUCAAGCAUUCCAUAACUUCCAAUUCAAGUGAGUUUUCUACCAUUCCCUCCAUGGACCCAAGCUUAGAAAUGCCAUUAUAUAGUAUAUACAGAAUAUAAGAGUUAAUUACUCUAGUUCAGCACCGCAGUACAUAGCUCUCUGACCAUUGCUUCCAACCGGCUCUGGAUAGAGGUCUACUUCUAGUUUUUCAACAAUAACCAAUGGUUAUUUUGUCUUUCAUUUUUGGUACUUAAAAUGAAAAACCAUUUUGAAUUAGUUUAUUUUUCACACUUGAUCUCCAAUAUAUUCAGUCCUAUUUAUAAUGAUGCCACAAAGUCCCAGGUUAUGCAGCUUAGUAAGUGUAAUUUGUUAUUUGCUUAUGUAGGGAAAAUGGCUCCUUCAAAAACAUUAGCCGUUUAGCAACUCCUUAAAGGGGUUGUCCCAGAAAAAUAACAUGGCCACCUAUCCUCUGGAUAGGUGAUAGAUAUCUGAUCGAUUCGGUCCGACCAAUGGCAUUGCACAUUCUUAACUUCUGUUUCAUUCAAACAGUGGACACAGGGUCUCCAUUCUCAUGAACAGGAAAGGUCCCUUUUGUCAGACCUGCAGCAAUCAGAUACUUACCGCUUAUCAUCUGGAGAGGCGAUAGCUUGUGAUUCUGUGGCAACCACAUUAAGGAAAUUGAAUUCUAGCAUUUCCAUUCUUGGAAUGACUGCUUUAUCACAUGUUGUAAUAAAUAUUGCUUGAAGGUGCAGUUUCACUUCUGUCCAUCAGUUAACUGUUUAAAUUCAUAUUCUACAUCUAUAUUCUAAGUAACUAUGCAAUUUAUUUAUAUUUUCUUUUUUCUUUUUCUUCAUUUCACUUAUAAUCCCUAGUUACAACCUGCACUAUACUCCAGAGCUGCAUUCACAAUUCUGGGGGUUGAUUAUUGGUCUAAGCUGAUAAUUUUUUGACAGUUGCAGCUUAGCAGAACACUUAUAAUGCUGCUGAAUUGUGGCAUUGUUUGAAUAGAUGAUGAACAAGCAAUAGGUGUUUAAAGGGGCUUCUGAGAUUUUGAUUCUGAUGACCUAUCCUCAGGAUGGGUCAUCAGUAUCUGACUGGUGGGGGUCUGACACCCUGCCGAUAAGCUGUUUGAGAAGACAUCGGUGCUCCUGUGACCCGAGGCGGCCUUCUCACAGCUUACCAAGGAUGGCUUCAUACAUUGUAUAGCGGCUGUGCUUGGUAUAGCGCUCAGCCCCAUUCACUUCAGUGGGCCUGAGCACGAUACCACAGUCACUAUAGAAUGUACUGCGCUGUGCUUUGUAAGCUGCAAGAAGGUCACGGCUCUCACAGAAGCACUGGUGUCUUCUCAAACAGCUGAUUGGUGGGGGUCCCUGAUGACCUGAGGAGAGGUUCCGAUCAGGAUCAAAAUCUCAGAAAGCCCCUUUAAAAAGGGGAACUUAGAUGUAUGAAGAAUAUUGCUAUGGGCUGUAAUGAAGGCUGUAACUAAGGACUGGUACAGAAUAGCAAUGUAUUUGUAAAGUUACUAAACUUUUUAUGUAGACUACUUUGAUAACUGUAACAUGUUAAAGGUGAAACUGCACUUAUUAGACAAUCAUUUAAUGUACAGUUUGACAUUUCUUGUAAUUCUUUUGUUUGCUAAAUAUUCACCCUUUUUUAUAAUGCACAUGCAGUACAUAUUUAUUUUAUGAUCAACUUAUUAUACCAAAGUAUACUUUAUCUAUAUGGAAAUUGCUUUAUAAAAAGCAGCAGAAACGAACUUUUUACAUAACUUUGCAUGAAUCAAUAAUACAAGAAACUUUGUAAUAUGGCUUAUCAGAGAGAAAUGUCUAGUUUAGCUGUUUACCUUGACCCCCUCCCCUAUAUACCCUUGCUAAAUGCUUUUCACUUUGAAGAAUGUCUUAAACCCAUCCAGGAUGGAUGCGCUCUGCUGAAUUAUUAUAUUACACAUGUCAAUACAAGCCUGUGGAGAGGGAAAGUGGGAGGAGUGAGCAGGAGCUGAGUGAAGCACAUUCAAAGAGACUUCUGCAGCUACAUAGGAAAUAUAUAUGUCAGCCCAAGUGCUUUAUUCACGGCCAUAUGGAAGAAAGGAAGGUUAGGAAGUAGAUUCUCCUCUACUAUCUGUGUGCAGUGGAUGGCAUCUAGGCUCCACCACCUGAUCAAGGAGUGUAAACUAGACAUUCAAUACACAGGGGAAAACUGCUGCAAAAAAUGCCAAAUCAAAGUGAUAUAGUGCCCAGGAAUAGUGUUAUUCCUCAGGUACACACACUGUACUAUUGAUUAAUACAAAGUUUGAUGAAAAGUUAGCUAUGCCUUAAAGAGGUUGUCCUGCCACAUAUAUUGAUGACCUAUCGUUGGUCAUCAAAUAAUGGAGCGAGUACUUCUAAUUACACUACUCCGCUGCUCCACAGGAAGCGGCGAUCACAUAGAGCACCACCUCCUCUUCAAACAUCUUAUUGGCGAGGGGGCUGGAUGUCAGACUCCCGCCAAUCAGAUACUGAUGACCUAUUCUGACUAUAGGUCAUCAAUAUAUAUGGCAGGACAACCCCUUUAAAGAAGCAGAACCAGAUAUUACAGGUAUAUUGGCACAAACCAUAGGCUUUAAUUAGCUAUCAUAGAAGCAUGUUGGUCUUAAUGAGGCAGAUAGAAAUUAAAAAAACCAAAUGCAAAGGCAAUGUUUCCCUCUCCCUCCCUCUGUCAAUGCCAGCGUUCUCAGUCAAGGGUGAAGAGCACACAUAACAAGGUCAACAAGUCCAAUGCUGCGCAGAAAUUCCACAUGGUAUUAAAUGACUUGUUUUAAACCUUCAAAGCACUUAGCAAUUGCUGUCUGAUAAGAUGUCAGUACAAACUACAGCUUGCAGCUGAAAGCACAUUAGGUUAGUUUAUUAUAUAUUUGUGAGAAAUAAGAUAAUAUAUUGUAUAAUCUUGAUUGUAGAGAACAUUGCCUUCUUUUAAGGAGCAUUUCAGCUAUAAAUAUUUUUAUAUGCCAAUCUGGAUCUUUUCAUAUUACCAACAUUAUUCUCCAGUCUUGCAUUUUUUAUUACCAUAGUGCAUUAUGUGCUAUAAACACUACAUGUUUAUUAUUGAAAUUGCUAUUAAACUUGCAAAUACCUCAUCCACUUCACUCCUCCGUUUCCCCCUUCUCAAACAGCAUGGCUUGUCAUGCUCCUUCUGAUCAACAAUAUUGAAAGAGCACUCUUAAUGGGCACGUGGGUCAGCGUUAAUGAGGCCUUGUGAUUUCCUAUGCAGUUGGUAAUUUGCUUUAGUAAUAUGGUGCCUGAAAAUGUUAUCAAAACCCUGCUCUGAAAACAAUAUGGGAAAAGUCUUAUAGUGAAGUAAAUGUUCCUACUGUCAGCAGGAACUGUUGCAUUUCACAUGUAUUGAAGCCAUUGCAGAUUCCAUAGCUAAUCACUGUCAAUACCAAUGUCAAAUA